UGUACGUUUGAUAGCGUUUGUGAACAGGUGGCAAACCGUAUUCUUUUAGGUUCAGCGACAACAUCUUAGAGAUAUGAGUCAAAAUCGUGGCAACGCUAGACGCUUUGUUCGUCAGGGGGGUCGUGGCGGUGGCGGUUGUGGCCGCCGCGGGAAGGACGGUGAAGCUGCUGACGAUGCCACCGGGCCACUGUUGGACAAAAACAAUCCCAUCAUCCAGUGCUUUCGCCAGUACGCGCUAGAGCUUGAUGCGAAGCACGAUCGCUACGAGCGCAUCGUCAAAUGCAGCCGCGAUAUCACGAUCGAAAGCAAACGCAUCAUUUUUCUACUGCAUACCAUCGACCCAAGGAAAAAUAAUGAAGCCAAAGUUUGCGAGGAAGCGAAAAAUCGCCUCGAAGCACUGUUCCGGAAUCAGUUCUUUGGCAUUGCCAAGGAACUGCAGGGUAAAGAUGCGUACCAGUACGCACGGGCAUACACCAACGGUAUGCAGGAGUUCAUCGAAGCGUACACUUUCUAUCAGUACUCGAGUGGCCAAGAUAUUUCCGACUGGCAGGCGAUCCAGCGACGGUUGAGCUACGACCAACUCCCCGAUCCGACACGGGCCGAGUCGUCCUUGCCCAGUGACCAGAACGAAUGUGAGCCGGCACACGAAUGCAAGAACGACGAGCAGGGGACGGCCAUGGUUUGUCUUCAACCGCUGGACUUUGUGCUUGGGCUCGGCGACCUGAGCGGGGAAGUUAUGCGAAAGUGUAUCAACACGCUCGGGUCGGGGCAGGUCGAUUCCUGCUUCAUUCACUGCCGCUUCCUGCAGGAUUUGUACCGGGGGUUCGUGAGCGUGUCGUCGGCGCGAAGUCGGGAAUUUUCGCACAAAAUGAGCACCCUUCGACAGAGUUUGCUGAAGAGCGAAAAGGUAUGCUACAACGUGACGGUGCGUGGCAGCGAAGCGGCCAAGUGGGGCUCGUCGGAGGAUGGGUUCGCUAGUUUUUUGCAUCAUCAGUCUUCAAAGGACACCGAAGCGGCAGGCGGCGAUGAUGACGAAGGCGUGUUCUUUUAAAUUCCUCCGAAGCCCUGUUGCGGCGCUGGUGUUGGUGACGGCAGGAAGUGUUGCGACGGAUACACAAAGUUUGUGAAAGUGGUUUUGAUUUGACCCGAAUAAACCGUAGCACGGAACCAGCUGGCAGCGGAGCGUUUGCAAUUUCCCUUGUUUGAAGGAUUUACUGUCCUUAAUUCUGAUGCGCUCUUCAAACUUAAACGAAUUUUCGGUCUAAAGCAACUGAAAAU